AUGUCAGUGACAGCUUCUACCGGACCUGUUCCUGAUGCUGGCGGCAUUCCUUGGUCGCACAUCAGUUCUCGAAGCAACGACUCGAUCAUGCUCUGGUAUCUCCUCUACCCCCUGCGUGGCACAACGCAGCCGCCUCGCCUGUCGGCCAACCAUCCUAUCAGGAGGGCUUUCUACCGACACGGCAAGACCACUGCUCAACAUUGGCUCGUAGCCAUGCUAGUAUCGGUCGCUAUAGCUGUGGGCUUCAGCUACCCGACCAUCUUCCUGGCAGAGAACCCGACGGCAGGAUUUGCUGCUUACCCUCACCAUGUCUGGACAAGCGCGAAGCCAUUCGACGGAGACUCUCGACACAUCGACGUCGAGAUGCGCCAGAUCUGGGUGCACGGCAGCUACAUGAAGGCACUGGACAAGGAUGUGCUAAAGAGUGCUCUCAGUAUACAGGAGAGGUUGGUCGGUGACGAAAAUCUGACCGACAUCUUUCCAGCUUUGGACGAGAAGCUGCGCUCGAGUACGCUGUCGUGGGGUUAUCAUUCGCCAUUGAUGUACUGGAAUAGCUCAGCACAGAUGAUCGAUCACGACACUGAUAUAGUAGAUACUAUCAAUGCGCAAGCUGGCACGCCUUCUUCUCUAAAUGUGGCUUUACGACCUGCGUCCGUCUUUGCCGGCAAAGUCUUCGAUCGCCGCAAGCUCAGAGCAGCCGAUGCUUUGGUAUUGACAUUCAUGAACAAGGUCAGAGAUGGCGUAGGAGGGUCAUGGCAGCAGAAAAUGAAGACGAUCAAACCACAGGCCUGCGACAACUGCACGCUCUUCCCAUCCGAUGGUGAUGUGACUCGCAAUCGAGUAUACGAGUUCAGCUUUACACCGCUCAGCUUACAAGAGAAUCUGGCUUUGACCUUUGCUUACAGCAUGAUGGCACUGUAUGUGCUUAUGAGCCUUCGACGACUGAAAGCCUUUCACUCGAGAUUUGGUCUGGUCGUUACAGCCAUAACGCAGAUGACCUGCUCGGUUUUGGCUAGCUUUACUAUCUGUGGAAUUUUGAAAAUCAAUCUGAGCAUGAUCCCUCAGAACGCAUAUCCUUUCGUGGUCCUGGUUAUUGGCCUGGAGAACAUGUUCCGGUUAAUCAAUGCUGUACUUGCAUAUCCAGCAACUCUGGCGACAGAUCAACGUAUAGCUAAUGCUUUGGGAGAUAUUGGGCCAAUCUGCUUGGCGACCGCGGCUCAGAACGUGAUAAUCCUAGCGAUACUGGCAAGCUUCGUGUCACCAGGUGUGGCAGCUUUCUGUGCUUUCGCCUGCAUCGCCACCUUAUUCGACGUCUUCUUCCUACUCACAUUCUUUGUGGCUGUUCUCAACGUCGAUAUCCGGCGUCUUGAAUUGCAAGAUGCACUGGCACGAGCAAAUCAGCAGCACAAGCGCAGAGCACGCAAGCCAUCGCCAUCACAGCACACAUGGUUCGACGCACUAGUUCGUGGUCGACUACCAUUCAGCACGCGGAUGGCCGGCACGGCUGUAACGACGACGUUCAUCAUAUCACUGAACUACCACUUCUUUGAGAGACAUGAGAAGGUUACUAGUAUUACGCACUUGCUUGGACUAGCAAAGGGAGGUCCUAAGGGAAUUGCUGACUUCGAUACAUUCUCCCCGCCACCGAUGAACGCUACACUUACACCCGGCGAAUGGAUGAGAAUGCAAGACUUCGAUACUGCACGAGAAGUGAUGCGCCUCGCAAAGCCAGGUGCUGACAGUUUCGUGAUACGAGUCUUUGCGCCCUUGAUCGUUGUGCUAUCUGGAGCUGAUCGCACUGGGGCACCUGUUGGUACCGAAGCCUGGAUGCAUGCGUUGACGAGCUUUGCUGUGCACCACUUCUAUCAAGUGGCUGUAGCCAUCGUCUUCGCUGUCACUUUUGUGACGGUGUUGAUGAACUUCCUGCUUUACAGCGAGCCGAGCGACGACAAUGACAACGACAGUGAUAGGCUAGAGGAAGGUUUGACGGUGCAAUCCAUCUUGCUACCACACAGACUGGAUGUCGUCAGGAUUUCCGGUAACGAGAGUGGUCAUUUCGUGACCGUUGCGCUCGACAGGACUAUUGCCGUCGCGGUCUUUGACCGAGCGCAGAAAGCUUACAGUACCUUGUCAAUCCCACCAGAAGUGCUGCAGACCAUACAUUGGCCUGUCCAUUCAGCUGUCAUUGACGAUAACGCGGAAUGGCUGGCCUGCCACUGUGGUGACGACAAGAUCUUGCUAUAUAACUGCAAGACCAAUAUCAUAGCGUCUUCUGUUCCACAAUUUCCAGAUGAUAACCCUGCAUUAAUCUUCCGGCUGAUGCGGCUUUCGAGUAGCAGUGGGCAGGCGAAAAUCCAUCUGGUGGUGUUGACCUCUGGCGGACGGUUACUCUGUCGCUCGGUCGAUAGCCUGGAAAACAACUACUCACGUGUCUCGGACGUGCCACUCCUCGGUGGUCGGAUGGUCGCCGCAGGCUCUUGUGUCGUUGUAAGCGAAGACUGCAAGCUGAUCGUCCUCGUGUGGAGUGGAAGUGAUCUUAUCAUCGACGCCACACGUCACCUUUCGUUCACUGCCAGACACGGACGACUCAGCGAUGCUGUGAAUAUCUCGCAUUUUCCCGGAUCCGAGACCAAUCACACCAAUGACUUCCUACUCACGCAUGGCGCGGAAGUACUUCUGAGCAGAGAAACCGGCGAAGAGAUGAUGCCGCUCGCACAGUCUUCCACGGGCACGAUCACGGGAAUGCUACUUCCAAACGUGUCCAAGUGUCAGAGAUGUGGCGGACCAGCUCUUCAGUCCAUCUCGCUCGUCUGCGAAGCUCAAGAUAGCGAGGCAUUCAGUGUUGAAGUUUCUGAGAAGGAAGGGAAUAACAACCUAUUGUGCUUGCAACGCAGCUCAAUCGAAUGCGGCAUGUCACCCACGAGCCAGCGAACCAUACACGACGUACAUAACGCUGGUGUCUGGACUACGAUUCCUUCGCAUGGCGUAAUCGGCUUACGCAGGAAGGCCGUGCCGGAAGAUGCGAAAUUGAGGGGGAGGGCAUCCGAUACCUCGCUAGGUCCACGCCUCCGGAACCAUCAAAGAAUAGCGCCGCCGCAGGACGUAAUCGAUGAGUGGGAAGUCUACAAGUACACCAGCGACGGUGAGGUAGAGACAGUCGAACUGCGAUAUUCGCCUGCUGCCGAUGGGCAAUACUCGCUUUAUGUCCACAAGGCAGGUCCUGUUGCAUACCUUGAUGACCAGUCGAUAGCGGUGGCCUUUGGAAACACCGUCAAGAUUAUUCGAUCUUUUCGAAUAGGACGCUCAAACGCUUACAAGCCGAGCGAAGACAAUGGACACUGA